CAGACAAUAUAAAAACGAUAUCGAAUUAAUAAAAAAGAAAGUAAUUUUUUUUAUUACCCAAACCACAAGUAUUCGGAGCGUUGCAACAUAAUAAAAACCGAUAUUAAAAUUUUAUUGUAUGCACUUACACGAUAUCCUGGAUUAUCGUUUGUACACACAAUAGAAAUAUUCAGCUCAGCAUUAUUAGGCUAUGGUGGAGAUACAAAAGCCGACAUCAGUCUUGAAGAGACCAUCGCAAAGGAAGGAAAACGCUGUUGUUAACAAUAAUAGUGCACCAAUGAAGAAAGUAACAUUACCAAAGGAUGAGGAACUCGUUGCCAUAUCACCAGAGCGACGAAAUUGGCGAGGCAUAUUCAUAGCUUUACUAGUAAUAGCAGCAGUUUUUAGUCUCAUCAUAUUUUCUAUUUUUCUAUUGACACCAGAGGAUGAAGGCUUACACUUACGUGGCAGACAUUUAAUACUAAAUGAUAUAUUGGGCAAGAGCUUACGUUGGAAGCCAUUCAACGGCACUUGGAACAAUGAUGUUGAACUCAUAUAUCGUGAUCCGAGUGGAGGCCUUUCCAUACUAAAUCUAGACAAUUACACAACAAGAGUGCUAAUGACCAAUUCAACAUUUCGUCAGUUAAAUGCCGAAACAUUUUUAGUCUCACCAGAUCAGAAAUAUGUGCUGUUACAAUCUGACAGCAAUGUUGAAGGUUCAAGAAAUCAUGUUUACGAAGUACAAACUGCAAAUACAUUUCCUUUGGGACCAACAGAAAAUUCAGGUGAUGCACCACGCUUGCAAUAUGUGAUAUGGGCACCCACUAGCUCACAUAUUGUGGAUGCAGCUACAGUUGCAUUAGCUACAAGCAAACCUCAAUCUACGCUUCCUAGCAGUAUAACUGCACAAAAAUUUACAACCACAACAACAGCAACAACAACAGAAACAGCAACAAUAAAAUCUAGCCUACUAGCAACAGAUACUAUGCCCACAAUUUCUUCAGUCCCCGCCACGGGCAGUGGUGGCUUGCUGAACAGUUUGGCAACUGUAGCAGCAGCGAUGACAGCAGAACACGAAGCCAGUAAAUCUACACCUUUUAAUUUUCCAACUCAGUCAAAUGCUAACCAUGCAGACGACUCGUUAAACCAAGCCAUCGCCUUUGUGUACGAAAAUGAUAUUUACUACAAGCCCAAGGUUCAAGGCGAGCUGGUGUGUCGCAUUACCACAACAGGUCAGUCUGAUGUAGUGUACAAUGGCAUUCCGGAUUGGACUUACGAGCAUGUACCUGAACUCAGCGCUCAGCAUAGUAAUAUAGUAUUUUCGCCAGAUGGCUUGUUUAUGGCGUUCCUAACAUUUAACGACAGUGCCGUUGAUGAGUACAAAUAUACAUGGAUGGGUGAAGGAAUCAAAUAUCCCACAAUUCGAACUCAAAGAUAUCCAAAAGCUGGUGCCAUAAAUCCCAACAUCACCGUCAAUGUAGUUAACCUUUCCGUCCUUCAUGACAUCGUACUCAUACCAAUUAAACUGCCAGCUGAUAUGAACAAUGGCAGCUACAUCGGUAGUCUUGUUUGGGCUACAGCAAUCGAUCUUUCUCUUACCGUCACAAAUCGAGAACAAACAAAAGCUAGCACAGUUUUUUGUAGAGCACCAAACUUUGAUUGUCAAGUACUGCAUACUGAAACAACAAUCGAUAAUGGUUGGGUGCUACCAGCAGAGUUUCCUAUAUUCUCAAUACACCUAAUAGCGCAGGUACCUAAUUUAAGAUACAGCAAUAAUGUACAAAACAGUAUGUAUACACAACAAAAUACGACUAAUGGUCAAAGAACCUUUGAAAUUAUAAAAGGUGGAUUUCUAUUAAAACGUCUUCCGGUGCGUGAUGGUGAACAUGGUUACUAUAGACAUGUUGUCUUCAUAUCUUCACUUGAUCGACGCACGGUACCACUAACAAUGGGCCGUUUUGAAGUUACUGAAAUUGUGGGCUGGGAUGAAACUAAUAAAAUUGUUUAUUUCAUGGCUGCUCCUGAGAAGCGUCCUGCUGAAAGGCACCUCUACAAGAUCAGCCUGAAACUGAACAUUACUGAAACAAAUCGCACCUACAUAGCUUCCUCAACACCGACCUGCUUGACAUGUGACAAUACUGCUUCUACUUUUAAGUUAGUUAACACAGGUGGCGAACACCAUAGCAACGAUUCCGAUGAAGAGGACGAGGAUAACACUUUUAAAAUACCUAAAAAUUGUUUAUAUAAUAAAAUCUAUUUUAGUAAGAAAUUUUCUUAUUAUGUACAAGAGUGCCUGGGACCAGACUCGCCGAGUGUGUAUUUAGUUGAAACUCAUAGCAAUACAAAGAUUUUUGUGCUGGAUUCCGGAGCGGAUUUACGCCACCGCCUUGAGCAAUUGGCUAUACCACAGAUAAAGACAUUCAGCGUUGAAAUACGACAUGGAUUCCAUGCACAAGUAAGGCUCUUUUUACCACCUGGUAUGCGUGAGGAUGACGAAGUUGCUUUUCCACUUAUUUUACAUGUUGAUGCUGCACCGGGUUCUCAAUCUGUUACUGAAAAAUUUGACGUUGACUGGAAUUGGUAUUUAAGUAGCCAACGUUCAAUGAUUGUAGCACAAAUCGAUGCGCGUGGCAGUGGAUAUCAGGGGGAACUAUUGCGCACCCAAGUGCAUGGAAAAUUGGGCACAGUUGAGGUGGAGGACCAACUUGGCGUAUUAACAUACCUGCGAGAUAAUUUAAAAUUUGUGGAUCCUUCACGUAUAUGUGCGUUUGGUUGGGGUUAUGGUGGCUAUGCUACAAUUAUGGCACUAAUUGAGGACUCACAACAAGUGCUACAAUGUGCUGUAGCAAUCAAUCCUUUAGUAUCGUUCGGCUAUCAUUAUUCCUUCUUCACAGAGCGUUACAUACCAUUUAGAGGCGAUUAUUUGCGUGCACUACAGGAGGCUGAUUUGACUAUGAAAGCAGGCAAUAUCAAAGAUCGCAAUUUGAUGCUUAUGCAUGGAACAGCAGAUACUUUUGUUCACCAGGAACACACUUUAAUGCUGGUGCGUUCAUUGGUUGAUCAACAAGUUAAAUUUAGACAUCAGAUCUACCCUGACGACAACCAUGCACUAACAAAAUCGCUGAGCCAUGUCUACAAGACUAUGGAAUGGUACUUCGAUGAGUGUUUCGGACCCAAUGACGACAAUGACUGGGAUCCGACGGGACUGUUCGUGUUCAAACAAUAAUUUUUAAUUUUAAAGAAAUUUGUACUAAGAGAUAAAUUUAAAUCUAGCAAAAUAGACAAAUUUAGUUGAAAUGUGCAAACUUAUACUGAAUGUGUAUAUAGCAGUUAAUAGUUACUUGUUUUUAUUUUGCUUGUAUUAUUAAUUAUUAUGUAUUAUUAUGUACCUCAUAAAUAAACAAACUUGUUUAUUAAGUUUUUCACAGAAUUAGUAUCGCAGUUAGCAGUAGGCAAAAAUUUAUUAAAUUUGUGCGACUGAAAAAAUUAGACAAAAUUAAAUUUUACGAGAAUAGUUAAUCGUUUUAG